CUAAGUGUUCAACAGCUACUCAAAUCUAACUGGUUUAAAGGACCAGAGUUUUUGUGGCAAAGUGAGCUACCCAUUGAAACUGACAAGGCUAUUGAAGUUAUUUCUAAUGACCCAGAGCUAAAAACAGUACAUGUGCUCAAAACGGAAGUACAAGAAAGGAGAACAAUACUUGAUCGUCUCAAUAAAUUUUCAGACUGGAGAAGAGCUGUUAAAGCUAUUGCUCGUCUAAGAAAAUUUGUGAGAGAUUUUAAAGGAGACACACAAAGCAAAGGUGGAAAAACAAGUAUAGAGGACAGACGAAAAGCAGAACUGUUCAUAAUAAAACUUGCACAAGAAAACACCUUCAGCAAAGAAAUCAAGGACUUAACACAAGGAAAGGAUAUCCAACUCAAGGAUAAAACACAUAGGCUGUAUAGCUUAAACCCAUUUGUUGAUGAGCAAGGAGUACUCAGGGUGGGAGGACGUUUAACAAGAGCAAGCCUGCACCCAUACAUCAAACAUCCUGCCAUUAUCCCCAAAUCAAGUCAUGUGUCAACUUUACUGAUUAAACACUUCCAUGAAAAAGUGCAGCAUCAAGGAAGAGGAAUUACUGUCAACGAGCUGCGUUCCAAUGGACUGUGGAUCACAGGAUGCAGCAGUGCAGUUGCUUCACACAUCUACAAGUGCACAACCUGCAGAAAGUACAGGAGGCAUACCCAAGAUCAACAGAUGUCAGAUCUACCAGAGGACAGAAUGGAAACAACACCCCCAUUCUCUUACUGUGGUGUUGACUGUUUUGGACCUUUUUAUGUAAAAGAAGGCAGAAAGGAACUUAAAAAGUAUGGUCUUUUGUUUACAUGUAUGUGUUCCAGGGCAAUACAUGUUGAAAUGUUAGAUGACCUUACUACUGAUGCUUUUAUUAAUGCAUUGCGUUGUUUUAUUUCUAUUCGUGGAUAUGUAAGACAACUCAGGUGUGACCAAGGGACUAAUUUUGUUGGAGCUAAGGGAGAGUUUCUGAAUGCACUGAAGGACUGUGACAAAGAACAGUUGAAACAAUAUGGAUGUGAGUUUGUUCUGAACACCCCAUCCUCAAGCCACAUGGGAGGUGUUUGGGAGAGGCAGAUUAGAACCAUUAGAAGCGUUUUAACUGCUAUUCUGGAUAAAACUUCUAAGAGACUUGAUAGUUCUUCCCUCAGAACAUUUCUGUAUGAGGUGAUGGCUAUUGUAAAUAGCAGGCCGUUAACAGUAGAAAACCUAAGUGAUCCAAGUUCAGAGCCUCUUACACCAAAUCAUAUCCUCAUGAUGAAGUCCAGUGUUAUUCUACCUCCUCCUGGUGAAUUUGUGAGUCACGACUUGUACCUGAGAAAGAGAUGGCGCCAAGUUCAGUUUUUAGCCAAUGAAUUCUGGACAAGGUGGAAGAAAGAAUAUCUUCUUAAUCUUCAACAGAGACAAAUCUGGCAAAGAAACAAAAGGAAUGCAAAGCUGAAUGACAUUGUUAUUCUUCAAGAGGACAGUUCUCCAAGGAACAAGUGGAAACUGGCAAGAGUAACAGAGGUAUAUCCAAGUGCAGAUGGAAGGAUCAGGAAGGUGAAGCUGUUGCUAAGUGACUCGACCUUGGACAAGGAUGGAAAAAGGACUGUCAAGCCAGUGUAUCUUGAUAGACCAGUUCAUAAAACUGUGUUGUUACUGGAAGCAGAGUAAAUGUUAAAAUGUAAAUAUAUUCCAAUUGUAAUAUUAUAUGUUUUAAGUAAAUCACCAUAGGUUAGUGAUUUGGUGGGAGUUUUACUGCCAUUAUUUUGAUUAACAUGUUUUAUUUGUAUUAUUUAUAUUUUUUGUUAUUACAACUUUUAUUUUGAAAGGUUAAAUUAGUGGAAUCCAGCAUGUUGCUAGGAAACCAAAGAAAAGCAAGACGCUGUCUGAAAGCGUAACUUUCACAAGUGGCUGUAAGGGUCAUUUAAGUUAAGAAUUUAUUGAAUUAUUUCAUUUCUACCUCGAAGGAAAGGGUCAGCCAGCGAGUUCGACGGUGGUGGUAUGUCAGUGAGACUAAGAGAAAUUGUAAGAAGAACAAGUUCAAAAAAUCGACAUUAAAGCUGACUAUACACCAGCAGUUUAACGAACUCUUUGUCGCCGUUAAAAACAAGAAGAGGUGGAAGUGACACUUGUCAAAGUGAAACAA